AUGGCAGACAACUCCACCAGUGACCCUCACUUCUUUGUGCAACAGCUUAAUGUGGCUGAUAUUAUUGUCAUCGUGGUGUAUUUUGCUUUAAACGUGGCUGUGGGAAUAUGGUCUUCAUGCAGAGUCAACAGAAACACACUGAAUGGGUACUUCCUUGCAGGAAGGGACAUGGCAUGGUGGCCAAUUGGAGCCUCUCUCUUUGCCAGCAGUGAAGGAUCUGGGCUAUUCAUUGGUCUGGCUGGGUCAGGUGCAGCAGGAGGACUGGCUGUAGCUGGCUUUGAGUGGAAUGCAACAUAUGUGUUGCUGGCACUGGCCUGGAUAUUUGUGCCCAUCUAUAUCUCCUCAGAGAUUGUCACCUUGCCUGAGUACCUUCAGAAGAGAUACGGAAGGUCCAGGAUACGAAUGUACUUGUCCAUCUUGUCACUGCUGCUGUCUGUUUUCACCAAGAUAUCUAUUGACUUGUAUGCGGGGGCCCUCUUCGUGCACAUCUGUCUGGGCUGGAAUUUUUACCUGUCUACUGGCAUAGUGUUGGUGAUCACGGCAAUUUAUACCGUUGCAGGUGGCCUGGCUGCUGUCAUCUACACUGAUGCAUUGCAGACAGUGAUCAUGAUAGUAGGUGCAAUCAUCCUGACAGUCAAAGCUUUUGACCAAAUUGGGGGUUAUGGCCAGUUGGAGGCAGCUUACUUACAGGCGGUGCCAAACAAGACCAUCCCUAAUACAACAUGCCACCUGCCCCGGGCUGAUGCCAUGCACAUGUUCCGAGAUCCCCACACUGCAGACCUCCCAUGGACUGGGAUGACCUUUGGUCUGACCAUCAUGGCCACUUGGUAUUGGUGCACUGAUCAGGUCAUAGUACAGAGGUCCCUUUCUGCCAGGAACCUGAACCAUGCCAAAGCAGGCUCCAUCCUUGCCAGUUACCUAAAGAUGCUGCCCAUGGGCCUCAUCAUUAUGCCAGGGAUGAUUAGUCGGGCACUAUACCCAGGUAUGCACAUUUCUGAAGAAAGGAGCAGAGUUACGAUAGAAUCCUCAGAUGAUGUGGGCUGUGUGGUGACGUCUGAGUGCCUGAGGGUCUGUGGGGCCGAAGUGGGAUGCUCCAACAUCGCCUACCCCAAACUAGUGAUGGAGUUGAUGCCUGUGGGACUUCGGGGACUGAUGAUUGCUGCCAUGAUGGCGGCCUUGAUGUCUUCCUUGACCUCCAUCUUCAACAGUAGCAGCGCACUCUUCACUAUGGACAUCUGGAGGAAGCUGAGACCUAGAGCAGGAGAGAAGGAGCUCCUGUUGGUGGGCAGGCUGGUUAUUGUGGUCCUUGUUGGCAUUAGCGUAAUCUGGAUCCCAGUUCUCCAGGGCUCCCAAAGUGGCCAGCUCUUCAUCUACAUGCAGGUGGUCACCAGCUCCCUGGCACCCCCAGUCACAGCUGUCUUCAUCCUAGGAGUAUUUUGGAAUCGGGCCAGUGAACAGGGGGCCUUCUGGGGCCUGAUGACAGGGCUGGUAGUGGGAGCUACCCGGAUGAUCCUGGAAUUUGUUUACCCUGAGCCACCUUGUGGCUUUCCUGACAACCGGCCAGCUGUGCUCCACAGCCUUCACUAUCUUCACUUCUCCGUGGUGCUCUUCUCCAUCACAGUUGCUAUAGUCGCAGCUGUUAGUCUGCUGACCCCACCCCCUGAUGAGUCUCAGAUCAAGAAUUUAACGUGGUGGACACUUUCCAAAGACAAACUUUUAGAAGCUCUGCCUGAGGCUUUAGAUGUGGGAGACAAACAAACUCUCUUCUGGACCCAAGUCUGCAACUUCAAUGCCAUUCUGCUUUUGUGUGUUAACAUAUUCUUCUAUGCCUAUUUUGCCUGAUGGUGUUCAUUUUCGGAGAAGCCAGAGGAUCAUGGGAGAGGCCCUCAGGGAUGUAGGAGAUAUUUGUCCUAAUUAGACUUCUAAAAGAGGAUCAUAGACUCUUAGAGUUGGAAGGGCCAU